AUGGUCGCUCGCGAAACCCUUGACAGCGUUCGAGAGAGUGAAUUUCACAAUAAGUUAGCAGAGUUGUGCAACAGUAUCACCACCUUCGGAAUCGAUAACGCACCAGGCUAUUUUAGCUUUUACAAGACAUAUCACGCUUGCUGCGAGUUGGAGUUGGAUGAAUACCUCAAUCAGCGACGUGCCGAGAGAGAUCUUGCUACUAGCGAAGAAGGUCAUGUACUCAGGGGUGGCAGGAAGCGCCGGCGAGUCGGUGCGCGACCGCUCACGUUGGAGAUAACUGAUCUAGACAAGAAACGCAAGCGAAACCUGCUAUUCCUGCAGGACAAUGAAACAAAUCUAGAGAGGAUCAAGGAUUUGGCUAACAAGCUCUCUGAUGAGGCCAGAUGGGCAUGGGAAGUCGAUGAAGAAGUGAUCUCGAAAAAAGAUUUCCGACGGUUGGACGAACAUAACCACAACUGA